AGACUGAGGAUAAAGCUUGUUGCAGCCACUCAGGGACCGGGGAGUCGGGUAGCAUCCUCCGGUCCUUCGCUUUCGUUCGGCGGUGGAGGCUGCCCUCUUACUGAGAACUCGUUGGUCUAGAGCAGCUAGCGCCAGCGGGGGAGGGGAGGGGAGGGGAGAGGACUUGGAGCUGUGUGGUCGUUUCGGGGUCCUUCGCACAGUGGCGCGUCUGCAUGGAGCCCUCCGGUCAGUCGGAGACUGCAGAGCGGCGGGGGCCGCCCGCGCUGCCCCGCCGGGCAUCCUCCUGAGGAUGGAAGAGGAAGCUGCCGCUGCCUAGGCACGCCGUCUCCGGUCCCCGGCGCUCGCCGCCGUCGCUUCCUCCAGGAAGACGAGAAGCUUCCAGCCAAGGAAGGCGAAGGACAGUCUGAACGACACAUUUCGCGGGGUGCUGCGGCCGGUCUAGCCGCUGCUGCCGACCCCACCACCUACCUCCUUGGCCCCCCGGGGAGCGGAGGGAGUGCGCAUUGGGCUGCGGGAGCCCGACAAGAGUUGCGGCCGGCUGCCCAGAAAGGGGCGCAGCGGGCACUUUUAGGAGCGCUGGGCAGGUCGCCGCGGCCACAUUAAAGUUUGCUUCCCGCACCUCCGGGCGUCCGGCGCAGAUCGGAAACUCUUUGCAGCUCGGGGCUGCCGCGGGCCGGCGUGUCCCUGGGCUGACCCGAAGGUGCGCGCCCGCUCCGCAAGGCAAGAGGGAGGCGAGGACAGAAGCCAGCCGGCCUCCCGAGUUUGGAUCCGGGGCCGCUCCGGGGGAAGCCCGCACUUCCAGACGCUCCCCGGAGCCGCUGCCAUGGGAGAUACGGAGCUAGGAGCCGGGGAGCAGCCGCCGCCUCCAGCCUCCGCGACCCCAAGUCGGGGCUCGGGCCGCCGCCGCAGCCGGACCGCGUCGUCUCCGCCCCGGGAAGGGCCUCCGCGGGGCCGCCGGGCCGCGCCGCGCCUGGGAUGAGCAACAGUUCGGCCCGCGCUCUGCCUCCCGGAGAGACCCCCUGUCCCCCAGCGGCGGCGCCUCGGCCGCCGCUACUCCAGCUCCGGCCGCUGCCCGCCGGCACCCCGGCCGCGGGCGGUUUCUCCCUCUUCCCCCAGUGGUCGAGGUGCCUGGGCCGGCGCUGGCCCGCCUCUCCGCUCGGCAUGAAGGUGUUCCGCAGGAAGGCGCUGGUCCUGUGCGCGGGCUACGCGCUCCUGCUCCUGCUGACCAUGCUCAACCUCCUGGACUAUAAGUGGCACAAGGAGCCGCCGCAGCAGUGCCGCGGGGAGCCCCCCGGGGCCGCACAGCCCCCGGCGCGCCCCGACCUCCGCUCUCUCUACCGCGAGCCCGCAGCCGCGGCUCCGGGCAGCGCGGGGCCCGGCCCGGGGGGCGGCGGCAACAGCAGCGGCCCCGGCGCCAGCUCCAGCCCGGGCCCCCGCAAGCGCCAGCUGGUGUACGUGUUCACCACGUGGCGCUCGGGCUCGUCCUUCUUCGGAGAGCUCUUCAACCAGAACCCCGAGGUGUUCUUCCUCUACGAGCCCGUGUGGCACGUGUGGCAGAAACUGUACCCCGGCGACGCGGUGUCCCUGCAGGGCGCGGCGCGGGACAUGCUGAGCGCCCUCUACCGCUGCGACCUCUCCGUCUUCCAGCUGUACAGCCCCGCGGGCAGCGGGGGGCGCAACCUGACGACGCUGGGCAUCUUCGGGGCCGCCACCAACAAGGUGGUCUGCUCGUCGCCCCUGUGUCCGGCCUACCGCAAGGAGGUGGUGGGGCUGGUGGAUGACCGCGUGUGCAAGAAGUGCCCGCCCCAGCGGCUGGCGCUCUUCGAGGAGGAGUGCCGCAAGUACCGCACCCUCGUCAUCAAGGGCGUGCGGGUCUUCGACGUGGCCGUGCUGGCCCCGCUGCUGCGGGACCCGGCCCUGGACCUCAAGGUCAUCCACCUGGUGCGGGACCCCCGGGCCGUGGCCAGCUCCCGCAUCCGCUCCCGCCACGGACUCAUUCGGGAGAGCCUUCAGGUGGUGCGCAGUCGGGACCCGCGGGCGCACCGCAUGCCCUUCCUCGAGGCGGCGGGACACAAGCUGGGCGCCAGGAAGGAGGGCUUAGGAGGCGGGCCGGCCGACUAUCACGCCUUGGGGGCCAUGGAAGUCAUUUGCAACAGCAUGGCCAAGACCCUGCAGACGGCGCUGCAGCCCCCGGACUGGCUGCGGGGCCACUACUUGGUGGUGCGAUACGAAGACCUCGUGGGAGACCCUGUCAAGACGCUGCGCAGGGUCUAUGACUUCGUAGGGCUCCUGGUGAGCCCGGAGAUGGAACAGUUUGCCUUGAACAUGACCAGCGGCUCGGGCUCGUCUUCCAAGCCCUUCGUGGUGUCGGCUCGCAAUGCCACCCAGGCAGCCAACGCCUGGAGGGCCGCCCUCACCUUCCAGCAGAUCAAGCAGGUGGAGGAGUUCUGCUACCAGCCCAUGGCGGUGCUGGGCUACGAGAGGGUCAACAGCCCCGAGGAGGUGAAAGACCUCAGCAAGACUCUGCUCCGGAAACCCCGGCUCUAGGAUAGGGUACGGGAGGGGAGACCCGGACUGGGCUUGGCUCUCACUCGGAACCCCGCCCCCCUAGGACCUGCUGAGAACCCUGUGGGCUCGGGAGGAUCACGGUGCCCAGUGAAAGGAUAGCCUAAGAUCCCAGACGGGAAGACUAAGUAUUCUCUCUAUAUCGUAUAAUAUACAAAAAAUUACACUCACACUUGCUAGAAACGGUUUUGAAUCACGGGGUUGCAAGGAACAGCUACUACGGGUACUUCCCAGAAGAGACCAGACUUGAAAGAGUUGGCAAGUUUCCCCUCCCCCCCUUCUUCCUUCCUUCCAUGCCAUCCCAUUCCCCCCUCACCUCCUUCCGUUCGGAAGUGGGAUGUUGUUCAAGUUCUCAGCAACCAAAAUCUUGUUUACAAACUUUCUGUGGUGUCUGUGGUCAUGUAAAUGAACAGCUUGGAUUUUGGAGAGGGGUGGGUUUGGGGCUAGGGGAUUUAGGGAUUGGGUCACUGAGUGGGGUCUGGAGCACAGGGGAGAGGCAGAAAUCACGGAUCUGUAAAUCUGAAAUGGACUUUGAGGAAAAAGCAGAGGUUACAUGUGAUUAUUAAUUAAAAAUAAAUGAUAUUCAUUUUUUAAAUAAC